GGAAAAUCUCAAUUUUCAAUCCUAACCCCGUGCAGCCGUGUCCCAAGUCCCAGGUCGUCGAAUUCCCCGCACCUCCCGAUCCCGUGAUGCCCUCGCCGUAACCUCGCCGGCGGCGUUAUGACCUCGCCGGCUCCCACCUCCUCCUGGUUCUCCAGCCUAACGCGCACCGCAUCUGGCACUCCCUCCUCCUCAGCCAUGCCUCCCGCCGGCGGCGUCGCCUCCGCCCCGGUCACCCUCCCCGACACACCCACCGCCGUGGGCGGCAAGGGUGGUGUCGUUCCUAUUGUAGCCGCCGCAGGCGCAGGCGCGCGCAAGAAGCAGCUCCAUGGCACGCUGUUCAAGUACGGGCCCAAGUCCGCUAAUGUCGCAUUCAGAACUGGUGAUUUUAAUCAUCAGGUGAUCUUUAUUGGUGGUUUGACAGAUGGACUCUUAGCAACUGACUACUUGGAACCAUUAUCACUUGCCUUGGAGGUUGAGAAAUGGUCACUGGUACAACCGUUACUUUCUUCAUCAUAUAUUGGAUAUGGAAUUUCCAGCUUGGAGCAAGAUGCAUUGGAACUAGAUCAGCUCAUUGGUUACUUGAUAAAUAAAGAAAAUUCAGAAGGAGUAAUAUUACUCGGUCACAGUACUGGUUGCCAGGAUAUUGUGCAUUACAUGCGGACAAACUUAGCAUGUUCCAAAGCAGUUUCGGGGGUAAUUUUGCAGGCUCCAGUAAGUGACAGGGAGUAUAGGGCAACUCUCCCAGAAACAGCAGAAAUGAUAGAUCUGGCCUCAAAAAUGAUUAGUGAGGGUCGUGGAAUGGACUUGAUGCCGAGAGAAGCAAAUUCAGAUGCUCCAAUUACUGCCUACAGGUUCCACUCCCUUUGUGCAUAUAUGGGUGAUGAUGACAUGUUCAGUUCUGAUCUUAGUGAAGAUCAGCUGAGGCAGAGACUUGGUCAUAUGUCAACCACACAAUGCCAGAUUAUUUUUUCAAUGGGGGAUGAAUAUGUUCCAGAAUAUGUUGAUAAGAAGGCACUCGUAAACAGACUAUGUCAGGCACUGGGAGGUGCAGAGAAAGUUGAAAUAGAAUGGGGAGACCAUGCUCUCUCCAACAGGGUGCAAGAGGCAGUUCGGGCAAUUGUCGAUUUCGUUAAGAGGGAAGGACCUAAAGGAUGGGACGAUCCAUGGAGCUAGAUAAAGCAGUCAUGUAGUCUAUCUUUUACCCUUGUUACCCUGGCAAAAUGUCUAGGUUUUGCUUUUUUAUUGGUCUAAUUGUUUCUGUGUAGUUAUAUUCUGGUUUCUUUAAUUUUGUUACCUCAACCCUUGUCAUACACAACUUGAUUUUCAAUCUUGUUCAUUUGUGGACAUUCAGGUAUGCUAUCUGUAAAUUGUAAUCCUUCCCUUUCUCAAAUGUUCCUGUUUUGCCUAGUCAGAGGUUGUUUAGUUAAGCAAUGACAAUCUCGCAGAUAAAUGUAUUUGCUACAACUAUUCCUGAUUAAAUUGCAUGCAGUACGAUAUUUAACCU